UCUCUGGGUCUGGACACAGCCCCAAAGCUGAGAGUGGCAGCAGUUUGUGGGAGUGAGCGGUGGAGGGGACACGGCUGCAGAGAGCAGCACCGGAGCUCAGCGGAGGGUCUCACUUGCCCCGUUUGCCCGGACCUGGUCAAGGGUCCGGUUUCUCUGGUUUGCGGCCACAGCUUCUGCCGCUCGUGUCUCGCAGGGCUUUGGGAGAGGCCGGAGGCUCACUCCUGCCCGGAGUGUCGCCAGGUGUGUCCGGGAGGGGAGCUGAGAGCAGGUCGACCAAUGGAUAAUUUGGCUGAAAAAGCUCAAAAUCUCAGUCUGGAUCCGAAACGGGGAGAAAGGGAACACCGUUGUGAUGAUCAUCGGGAAGAGCUGAAGCCGUUCUGUGAGACGGAUAAGAAAUUGAUCUGUGAGAUGUGUCUCAUUUAUGCUGAGGAACAGAAUCACAAAUCACUCAGUGAUGUCCAUAGACAAAGCUUUCUCCUGUGUUGUAGCCACAGCUUCUGCCGCUCCUGCAUCACACAGUGCUGGGAAAAUAAGGGCGUGAACACCUGUCCUGUGUGUCAGGAGCCUUUCCCGGAAAGGAACCUCAGGACCAAUCGGGCCCUGGCCAACCUGUCAGAGAAAGCUCAGGAGUUGAGGCUGACCCCAAAAGAGACAGAAAUUAAACGUCGCUGUGAGAAACACCAGCAAGAACUCCAGCUGUUCUGUGAAACUGACAGGAAAUUGAUGUGUUUAGUUUGCAGAGAUUCCCGGGAACACAGAGAUCACAGCUUCCUGCCCAUUGAUGAAGCUGUUGAAAUCUACAAGGAUAAAGUGAAAUCCUCCUUAGCUUCUCUCACACAGAGGAAGGCCACUGCUCUCACAGCUAAAGAGAAACAGAAACAAAAGAUUUCACAAGUGAAGCAACAGGCGAACAGUCUGGAGAACCACGUCACGGCAGAGUUUGCUAAAAUGCGCCACAGCCUCACUGACAGAGAGCAGCGUGAGGAAACUGCUCGGAAGAGAAGGAUCAGUGCUGAUGGUUUUGUGCUGUCAGUGUCUGGGGGGGAUCUGCCUGUGGGGAUAUACAAAGGGCCUCUACAGUACACAGUCUGGAGAGAGAUAAUACACAGCAUCAGCCCAGCUCCGGCCGCUCUGACUCUGGAUCCUGACACAGCCCAUCCCCGGCUCAUCCUGAGUGAGGACCGGACCAGUGUGAGAGACGGAGAUGAAGAGCAGCCGCUCCCUCACUCCCCGAAGAGGUUUAGUGACGAUCCCAUUGUCCUGAGAUCUGAGGGCUUCACAUCGGGGAGACAUUACUGGGCGGUGCGGGUGGGCAACAAGUCAAUGUGGGCUGUGGGAUUGGCCACAGAGUCUGUCAACAGGAAACAACCAAUCACUUGGUCACCAGAGGGUGGGGUCUGGGGGUUGUGGCUGUGGUUUGGGGUCUAUGAGGCUCUGACGUCACCCCCCACCCCUCUGCCCCUGACAGUGAGACCCGGGAAGGUCGGGGUUUACGUGGACUAUGAGGGGGGACAGGUGUCAUUUUACAACGCUGACAACAUGGCUCAUCUCCACACUUUCACCCAAACUUUCACUGAGAAACUUUAUCCUCUGUUCAAUCUCAGGUUUGGUUCUGAGCCUCUGACGAUCUGA